CAGCAUCACGUGCGCGGGCGGGGUGGACGUGUGUUUAUACCAUACAAUAUUCACGCGCUAUUUGACAGUUGUGUAUUUUAUAAUGAUUGUAUUGUGAUACUGUGUUGAGUAGUGGAUGUUGCUAAUAGUUCUUUUACAGAAAUAAUACAAAAAAAAAUUAUCCAAAGUAAGCACAAUUAGCAACAUCUUCUACGUUCGAAUAUAGCAGUUGUAAAAAAAAAAAUAACACCAUUGAUAGUGUGUGUGCCAUGCUGACAAGUACUAGCUCGUGAAUGUGUGUGUGCGAUGGCGCGGGAAGAUAUUAUAUCCUUUGGCAUCUUGUCUUUGAUGUUUCUGAUUGAAGUGUCGUUGGCUCAUUACACCCCGACAUGGGCAGUCCACAUACCGGCUGGGAAGGAGACAGCGGACGCAGUAGCAGCAGAACACGGCUUCAUAAAUUUUGGAGAGAUCUUCGAUAAUCACUAUCAUUUUCAUCAUAAUUCCGUGGUGAAGAGAUCUAUAUCGCCGGCCCACGAACAUCACAAUCUAUUAGAAAUGGACGACAGAGUACUUUGGGCGAAACAGCAGCGUGUGCUUUCAAGAAAGAAGAGGGACUUCAUACCUUACCCCACUAGCACAGCUGAAACGAAUUCAUCGGAAGUGCCAUCAAUGAAAAGGGAAGCUUCUAAAAGAAUGUCGCACUCGAGAGUAAAAGGACGGCCGCGUUCUACUGACUCCAAAUUCCUAUUAAAUGAUCCCAAGUGGCCUCAUAUGUGGUAUUUGAAUCGUGGUGGUGGUUUGGACAUGAACGUCAUUCCAGCGUGGCGGGAAGGUAUCACCGGUCGGGGAGUCGUAGUCACCAUCCUGGACGACGGCCUCGAGACUGAUCAUCCAGACCUCGUGUCCAAUUAUGAUCCAAUGGCUUCAUAUGAUGUAAACUCCCAAGACUCGGAUCCUCAACCACGGUACGACAUGAUAGACUCCAAUCGACAUGGGACCAGAUGUGCUGGCGAGGUCGCUGCUACAGCUAACAACUCACUCUGCGCUGUUGGUGUCGCUUAUGAAGCCAGCGUAGGAGGGGUAAGAAUGUUAGAUGGAGACGUGACAGAUGCGGUCGAGGCUCGUUCUUUGAGUCUUAACCCUCAACAUGUAGAUAUAUACAGCGCUUCCUGGGGACCUGAUGAUGAUGGAAAAACGGUUGACGGACCUGGAGAAUUGGCCACCCGAGCGUUCAUUGAAGGUGUUACAAAGGGUCGAAACGGUAAAGGAUCGAUAUUUGUGUGGGCUUCGGGUAAUGGCGGCCGGGAGCACGAUAAUUGCAAUUGUGAUGGCUACACAAAUUCCAUAUGGACCCUCUCAAUAUCAUCCGCUACAGAGCGAGGGGACGUGCCCUGGUAUUCUGAAAUGUGUAGUUCCACCCUGGCAGCUACGUACAGCUCCGGGGCUACUGAUGAGAAACAGGUGGUGACAACGGAUCUGCACCACUCGUGCACAACAGGUCACACUGGUACUUCAGCCUCUGCUCCCCUCGCAGCCGGAAUAUGCGCCCUCGCUCUAGAAGCCAACAAGGAUCUCACAUGGAGAGACAUGCAGCAUAUUGUGGUUCGGACUGCCAGACCUGAGCGUUUGAGUCUUGGUGGCGAUUGGAAGGUUAACGGCGUUGGUAGGAACGUGUCACAUUCUUUCGGAUAUGGGUUGCUCGAUGCAGCUGGCAUGGUCCGACUGGCCAGAACAUGGAAAACAGUUCCAACUCAAAGACGAUGUGAGCUGGCUGCUCCCAGACCACAGAGAGCGGUGCCACCAAGAUCAUCUAUAACACUUCAUCUAAAUGUUGGUGCAUGUCCGGGAGUAAACUAUUUGGAACACGUUCAAGCUCGAGUAUCGCUGUCCGCUGCACGUAGAGGAGACCUUCGAAUUGCAUUGACUUCACCUGCCGGAACUAGAGUGACGUUGCUGGCUCCAAGACCCCGUGAUUCCUCUCGAGCCGGUUUCAACGCCUGGCCAUUCAUGUCUGUACAUAUGUGGGGAGAGUCACCACUCGGAGUCUGGCAACUGGAGGUUUCAAAUGAAGGAAGAUACAUGGGUCGGGCGACUUUACAAGACUGGUCGUUAACAUUAUAUGGAACAAGCACACCGGCUGCUAAAAACGAUCCUAUACCAUUUAGAAAUCCAAUAAUCCGGAAUAGGAGCAAUGCGACCCGACCUGUUGUAGUUCAAACAGGGCGUAAAAACAACAGAGGAAAGUCAGUGCCUAUAGUUCAGACUUAUACAGUGGGACUUGUGAAAAGAAAAAAAAAUAAGAAUUCAAAGAACCCAAACAGAAAUUCGCAGAAAAAACAGGGACGACCGGCAACGCGCUCACCCAUAGAGAGUUCGACCUCACGCCUGACAACAUCUACGACGCCGGAUUUAAGCCUUAAUUUGAGAGGGGAUUUGACAGAUCCUUUGUCUGACGUCAGAGGGCGUAAGAUGUCAAAUCUGUUCGAGCAAUAUCCGAAAAUACAAAGAAUAUACCCGGCGCCCCUGCAAGCCAACGCUGGACCUUUGACUCAGUGGGAGCUAAUAUUCUAUGGUACUGAAACACCUGCACAAGAAAGCGAUGUGUCCACUGAAAGUAACGUAGUGGGAACUAAUCCCGGGACCGUCUGGAGCGCUAUACCAUCCGAUGUGAACCAGAAUGUCAUAGAUGAUGACUUGGCUUUAGUCUGGCACGACUCUCAUGCGAUCCGUGAGGAAGGACAAGCGGUUGAAGGUGGGUUCAAAGCAGGAGCGGAAGCGGGUACAGUCUCCAGCGGUUGCGCCACACUCACACAUCAACCACCACAUCGUUGUUUAGACGACCGCGCAGAGAGUUAUCACUAACAACUAGUAACAAACUACCGGUACGGUGUGAUAGACCGCCAAGGGCACCAUGCUUGAACAACUCCGACCUGAUUCCGGCGCAUUAGUACCUACUCUGCUCGUGAUUUUAAUUAAAUAUAAGUACAAGUAUUUUAUAAUAAUAAAUUUUAUGUUUCAAUAAUAGAUAUGGCGUUGUACUUAAAUUAUCUGUUUUUAACUACAAUUUUAUAUUUUUUUUUUAUCAUUGUUAUGUAUUAAAAUAAAAACUGAAUACGUCACCUGUUAGUUUUACGUAAAUAAGUAGCCGCUUACUAUAUAAAAUCGCAGUGUUUAAUGAUAGCGUUACUUGAAAACUUCGAUGGUGUUCAAUACUUAUAUAUUAUAUAUAACUAUACUUAUGUAUAACUUGACUUUAGCUAAUACAUGUCUGAACGACUGCUAUGUGACUUGUAUGUAUAUAAAUUGUACUUGCAAAAAGUCCAGUAAUCAAAUAGUUAAUUUGUAUUUUCAUCUUAUUAAUCGGUAAAAAAAAAGAGCUAGAGAAAAGUGCAAUUACAUAAAUUUAUAUGUAUUUCAAAUUUGAAACGUCCAUUUUGCACGAUAACUUGCAUUAUGAGGAGUGAUUAUGUAGUAGAUACGUUUUUGGCUACUUAGUUAUAAAAUACCUGCCGUACUUAGUAAAGUUUAUAUUGCGGCUCAUUGUUAUGCUUCUAUUUGAACCGGUCAUCCUAAUUGUCUAUUUAUAUCGUAUAUUACAACAAUUUGAAUAUUGUAAACGAAUUUUAAAUAUAUAAAUAAGACCGUGGGUGGCCUUCAUAAGUUUGCUUCAUAGUAUAAAUGUUAUAAUUUAUUCUUACUUCAAACUGUUACAAUAAAGUUAUUUUUUACAAUUGUUACGUUGUUACCAAAUAAAGAGCAGUCCAGUGAACACGAUACCAAAUGUUACGCAUUUAUUUUAUUCUAUAUAUAUAUACAUAUAUAUAUUAUUUAUUGAAAACGAAUAGAUAGAAAUAUAAUUGUUUAGCUUAAAGUUUGUUAUUAGGCGUUUUGGCGAUGUUUUCACUAAUAUACCCAUAUCUCAAAUAAAUGAUCAUAUAGUGUUCAUAUAAACGAAAAGUCGCCACUACGAUUGCAUUACAUAUUAUAUUAAAAGUGACAUAUCUAUUAUAAUAAGUUUAGUUUUUUUUUCUCAAACUGUUAAAUGUAUUUAAUGUUAUCUCUGCGACAGUCUUAAAAAAUUAAUCUUGUAAUAAUUUCUAUUGUUGCGUCAUUCUGUUGAGGAAUAACCUAAUUGGCUAUACAUAGUAUACGAAAACGGAAAAUAAUUUGGUAGAAAGUAACAAGAUACGUAAUGAUUCGCAAAGUCUCAACUUACCUUGUUAUCAACUAUGCACGAUUUUAAAUUUCUUUCAAAGGUAUUUUUACAGAACUGUGUCGCUUAUUAACACUAAACAAAUAUACAUUUUAUGAAAUCCUUAACAUCAAGACUGUACUAAUUUAUUAAUCAAGACUGUAUUUAUAAGACUGUCGCAGAUGUUAAUAAAUUUGAACAAUACAUAACCUCCCUGAGAAUAUUAGUAUAAAUUGUGUAUUGUGGUUGUGAUCAUAAGUGUGAUUGCCAAUCCAUAUAACAUAGGUCAUCUAAUACAAUUGUAAAUAAUAAAUAAGUAACGGCAUUAAUAAAUUUGGAGACUUGUACAAAUUGCUCACAUACAUGUAAAUUAUAAAUGACUGAAAAUUCAACAUUACUCAUCGACUGGUAUCUAGAGUUAAGAUGUAAAGUAACUUCCUAAAAUCACGCUAGUGUAAGUUACUGUAGGGCGAUAUAUAAUGUUAAGCAGUUACUGAGUCCUGGAUGUAUCGAAAGUGUUUUUAUAACAGUUUUGAUGUACCUUCACUUGUAAAAUUCAUCGAUCGGCAUAAUGUAGUGUAUCCAAUAAAAUGUACUUAUUACUGUAAAUGUGGAAUAAUUUGUAUAUAUUGGAAAAUAUGUGGAUGGUAAAUAAUAAUAAAACAUCUUUUAUUACAAAAAUA